CCAAAGUCUGUCUUUCCACGAAAGCACAUUCUGUGCGGGGUGAGCAGGUCACCUUUGGAAGCGAGGACGAUGCGUGAGAUUGGGGCUGUAAGGAUUUGUAGAAACGGGGCAGGUGGAAAGGACAGAGGGAGGGUGGAAGGGAAUCCUAACCCGGGGAAGAGUGUGAGUAAAGCGUGCAAGGCGUGUUUGGAAACGCUCGACGUCGAAGGUGUGUCCUGGGGAAGUGUAAGACAAGCGAGAAGAGCCAGGGUGAAGACGGAUGUCCUAGUUCUAAAUGUCCAGGAGUAGAGUUUCAGUUCUGCCCUCGAGCGCAGUGAAGAACCGGGGAGAACCUUGAAGCAGAGGGCAAGCUCUGAGCGGUGCGACAACAUCUUCCCGAGAGGUCGUGACCCAUCUGUGGAUCAUGAAAUCAAUUUGAGUCUCCAGACAAUUGAGGAAGAGGACAUAAUUUAGGUUGUGACUUCUACCAAAACAUGCACUGAAGUUAGGGACGUGAUUUUCACCUUAGAAUAGUGUUGCCUGAAGAUUUCCAAAUGAAGAAUGCAAGAUUAUUAUGUAGUUGGCAACUGAGAGCAAUACUUAAUGGAUACCAUCACAUAGUACAACAGAGAAUGCAGCACUCUUCUGAUCUAAUGAGCUUUAUGAUGGAGUUGAAGAUGAUUUUGGAAGUUGCUUUAAAGAAUAAACAAGAGUUGUAUGCACCACCUCCGCCUCCCCAGUUCUACUCCAGCCUUAUUGAAGAGAUAGGAACUCUUGGUUGGGAUAAACUUGUAUAUGUGGAUACUUGUCUCAGUACCAUCAAGUUAAAAGCUGAAGAUGCUUCUGGUAGAAAGCAUCUAAUUACUCUCAAGUUGAAGGCAAAGUACCCAGCAGAAUCUCCAGAUUGUUUCGUGGAUUUUCCUGUGUCAUUUUCUAUUUCUUGGACACCACAGAGCUCCUUAAUAAGCAUUUACGGUCAGUUUUUGGCAGCCUUAGAAUCACUGAAGGCAUUCUGGGAUGUUAUGGAUGAAAUCGAUGAGAAGACUUGGGUGCUUGAGCCAGAAAAACCUACCCGGAGUGCGACAGCACGCAGAAUUGCACUAGGAAAUAAUGUUUCAAUAAAUAUAGAGGUUGACCCCAGGCAUCCUAGUAUGCUUCCUGAGUACUGCUUUCUUGGAGCAGAUCAUGUGGUAAAACCUCUGGGAAUUAAGCUGAGCAGAAACAUACAUUUGUGGGAUCCAGAAAAUAGUCUGUUACAAAACUUGAAAGAUGUUUUAGAAAUAGAUUUUCCAGCUCGUGCUAACCUGGAAAAAUCUGAUUUUUCUAUGGAUUGUGGGAUUUGUUAUGCCUAUCAGCUUGAUGGCACCAUUCCUGAUCAAGUGUGUGAUAACUCCCAGUGUGGACAGCCUUUCCAUCAAAUAUGCUUAUAUGAGUGGUUGAGAGGACUACCGACUAGUAGACAGAGUUUUAACAUCAUAUUUGGUGAAUGCCCAUAUUGUAGCAAGCCAAUUACCUUGAAAAUGUCUGGAAGGAAAUCCUGAAAUAAGAAUGUAACAUUUCUGUGAAGAACUGGCAACUUUAAAAAUUAUCCAAAGGAUUUUAUUUGAUAUCGUCAUAGAAGAUAUAAAGCAAGACAUACUAAAGUCAAAAGAAAAAGAAUGAUGAAGCCGUAGUAAUACAUGUCUGCCUUCAUCUCUUCACUCAGAGUAAAGUCUGUCAUCUCCAUACCAGUUGUAGACGUGUGUGUAUAACAAGAUGAAGAUCUCCAAUUACUGACUAUGUCUGGACUGGCAGAAUCUUGAUAGGAUUCAUAAAAUGAAUUUGGGAAUUGUAUGCUACUGGAUUGUUGUGGAGAACUUUUUAUUUCAUUCAGAAUUUCUUGAGACUUACAGUACUUCUGUCGUCUUCUUGUGCUUUCCUAUAGAAAAAAAAAUACGUAUAUUGUUAGGUUUGAGUUAUCCUAGUAUUUUUGUAUUCUGUAAGAAUACUAAAUACAACAUGUUACAUAAAAAGAACAAAUUUUUGUGUAUUUUUCCUGAGUUUAGGUCCUGGAUCUUACAUUAUAGAGUUUACAAAAGUAUUUAUACCACAUUAAGCAACUGAAAUCUAGUUAAACUGAUUGGUCCUUUUAAAUCAGGAAAUAGGCUGUCUCAUAAGUAAUUUAUCCUCUAAAAAUAUGAUGAAAUAUGAAAACUAAAUUUUCUUGGCAAGACAAAAAACUGGGCUUAAUCUUCGAUGGGCAAGACAGUCAUAAUUAGAAAGCUUUUUGGUCAUUAAUAAUUAGUGAUUCCAAGGGAGCCAAGACAGCGAACAAGAUGGUAGGGGCAGUGCUCUAUGUCCUCAGAGCAGUCUCCUGCCCAGGCUCCAGAGAAUGAUGUCUUCCAAUAACAGACCUUGAGAAGACAGCUGGUUAAAGUCCUUAUUUGUCCUGAAAGUUGAUCCAAGAAAAGAUGCUCAUUCUAGUCUCCUAGCCAAAAAGGAAACAAGCAGGCUCUACAAAUAAUACAGUGUUGAGCUGGAAUGUCUAGAAGCAUACGACAAAAUUUGUGAAGAGAUUCUGCCAGAGUCUCAUGAAGAUAAACAUUAACCUUGUACUUUGGAGGGACUUGGAACACAGUAUAUGGCAAGUAUGAUCAAGCGGUCUACCUCUGGAGGUAGGUAUCUACUUAAUGGAUAUCUUCAUAAUGAGUAAACUCAGAAAAAUCAGGUAUUUGUGGAAUUCAUAAGGCAGCCAUUUCUUAGGAAGAAUCAGCAGCUGACCCAUGGCAAGGAUCUAGUAUACGUGAACUCAGAUCUUAGCAACCCCAGCCAGGAACUGUGACUGCAUAGGGCAAUUACUGUCCAGCAAAAAAAAAAAAAAAAAAAAAAAAAUUCUACCCCCAAACCAAUCUAUAGGAUUGAACACAAUCUCAUUCAGAAUCCUAGCAGGCUUUGGAAAU